GGGCUCGGGGCGGGCAGGCAGCACGUCGUCUUGGUCUGGCAAAACAUCAAUUCAAAUCACAACACUUGUGUCAGCUGUGAACCUGUAAACUUUAUGUAGCUACUGAGCACCUUUAGGUACAGACCAGUCGAAAUAUCAGGGAAUUUGCCCCGAACGCAACAGUUUUAGAAUCUUUCUGCACUGCUACGUGUUUAGGUAGAAAAGGCUGUUAGAGGGUAGGGAGCUGAUUGAGGAAGCCGGGGUUGAGAGUGCUAAGCGCGGUGUAGUUGUUGAAGAAGGACUCGCUGAUCAGCGGGUAGAUGGAGAUCUGCUGCUAAAAUUGUAUCGGACAUUUACAGAUUACACAAAGACAAAGGGGAGAUGUGUAUGUAGCGAAGCUGCUGGAUUCUUUUCAGAACGAUUUUGUUUUUCACAGAUCUUAAUUGCAAUUUUGGAGUACUGGUGAAUUCGGAUUCCUGUAUACACACCAUCUGCAGUGCCAAUGCGGCUGCAGUGAAGUGGGAAAAUCAGCAAUUGCAGGUCUACAAUGCUUACAAGUGGAAGAACAACCUUGGAUCAAGAUUGGUUGAAACUGUUGGACUGAGAAUUCAUCCUGGGAAAAGAAAUUGUAUUGAAUUUGUAGAAAUGGCAUCUGUUCUGUGGAAAUUGACUUGUUUGACCUUUUACUUCAUGCCAGUUCUAACAACUGUAUGUGCCUCUAGGCAACCUGUGCACAUCAACAAGGAAUUCAGCACUUUCCAUUCUGAAAAUUCUGAAUGGACUUUCAACCACUUGGCUGUGGAUGUAAGAAAUGGGAAUGUUUACCUGGGUGCUGUAAAUAUAAUCUACAAACUUUCAGGUGACUUGAAAGUCCAGGCAAACCACGAAACUGGACCAGAUGUGGACAACCCUAAGUGUUAUCCUCCAAAGGUAGUCCAGCCUUGCAAUGAGCCACUAACCAUAACCAACAACAUUAACAAAAUGCUGUUGAUAGAUUACAAAGAAAAUAGAUUGCUGGCGUGUGGUGGUCUUUACCAGGGGAUCUGCAAGCUGCUAAGACUAGAAGACCUCUUCAAGCUUGGGGAGCCAUCCCAUAAGAAGGAGCACUACCUAUCUGGGGUGAAUGACAGUGCCUCAGUGUUUGGGGUAAUUGUCUCCUACAAGGACUCCGAUGAUAAGCUUUUUAUUGCCACUGCUGUUGAUGGUAAGCCAGAGUAUUUCCCUACCAUAUCCAGUAGGAAAUUAACCAGGAACUCUGAAGCUGAUGGGAUGUUUGCCUAUGUUUUUCAUGAUGAGUUUGUGGCUUCCAUGAUCAAAAUCCCUUCAGAUACUUUUACUAUUAUUCCAGACUUUGACAUAUAUUACAUCUAUGGUUUCAACAGUGGAAACUUUGUUUACUUCUUGACUCUGCAGCCAGAAAUGACGAGUCCUACUGGUUCCACCACCAAGGAGCAGGUCUACACAUCCAAACUGGUUCGACUCUGCAAAGAGGACACAGCAUUUAAUUCAUAUGUUGAGGUUCCCAUUGGCUGUGAGAAGAAUGGAAUUGAAUACCGGUUACUUCAGGCCGCCUACUUGUCUAAAGCUGGUGCUAUUUUAGCCAGGUCACUGGGCAUCAGUCCUGAUGAUGAUGUCCUAUACACCAUUUUCUCCAAAGGGCAGAAACGGAGGAUCAAGUCUCCUGAGGAAUCUGCCCUGUGUGUCUUUGUUCUAAAAAACAUUAAUGACCGAAUUAAGGAUAGGCUUCAGUCUUGCUACAAGGGAGAAGGAACUUUGGAUUUGGCCUGGCUUAAAGUCAAGGAUAUUCCUUGUAGCAGUGCACUUUUAACUAUCGAUGACAAUUUCUGUGGGUUGGAUAUGAAUGCACCGCUGGGAGUUUCUGAGUUGGUGAGGGGGAUUCCUGUCUUCACGGAGGAUUCGGACAGAAUGACUUCAGUCAUUGCAUAUGUCUACAAGAAUCACUCGCUAGCCUUCAUAGGAACCAGAAGUGGCAAGGUGAAAAAGAUCAGAGUUGAUGGGCCUUCCCAGGGUACCCUGCAGUACGAGACCGUUCAAGUGGUGGAAAAUGGUCCAAUUUUGCGAGAUAUGGCCUUUUCAUCCGAUCAGCAGUACCUGUAUAUCAUGUCUGAAAAGCAGCUGACCCGUGUGCCGGUGGAGUCAUGUGGACAGUAUACAACCUGCAGCAAGUGUCUUGGCUCUGGGGACCCUCAUUGCGGAUGGUGUGUUCUUCACAAUACAUGUACUAGAAAAGAGAACUGCGAGCGCUCCAUGGAACCCCGAAGAUUUACAUCCAAUAUCAAGCAAUGUGUCCGGUUGAGUGUUCACCCAAAUAAUAUUUCUGUGUCACAGUAUAGUGUGUUGCUGAUCUUGGAGGCCCACAAUGUCCCUGAGCUCUCAGCAGGUGUAAACUGUACAUUUGAAGACUUGGCGGAGAUGGAUGGUCUGGUGGUAGGAAAUCGCAUUACGUGUAUUUCACCAGCAGAGAAAGAAGUACCUCGAAUCAUUACAGACAAAGGAGAUCAUCAGAUUGUUCAGCUGUACCUGAAGUCCAAGGAAACCGGGCUGGCAUUUGCCAACACAAGUUUUGUCUUCUACAACUGUAGUGUUCAUAAUUCGUGCCUGUCUUGUGUUAACAGCCCCUAUCAGUGCCUCUGGUGUAAAUACCGGCAUCUGUGCACCCAUGACCCACGCACUUGCUCUUUUCAGGAGGGGAGGGUCAAGCAGUCAGAGGAAUGCCCACAGCUGCUUCCCGCAGAGAAGAUCCUUGUCCCUGUUGAAGUGGUGAAGCCUGUCACCCUGAGAGCUAAGAAUCUACCCCAGCCUCAGUCUGGUCAGCGAGGGUACGAAUGUGUCCUCAACAUCCAGGGAGUGGAGAAGAGGGUCCCUGCCUUACGCUUCAAUAGCUCCAGUGUCCAAUGCCAGAACACCUCUUACUUGUAUGAAGGAAUGGAGAUUAGCAGCCUCCCUGUAGAUCUAAUGGUUGUAUGGAAUGGUGACUUCAGCAUCGACAAUCCAGCAAAUAACAAAGUUCACCUGUACAAAUGCGGGGCUAUGCGGGAGAGUUGUGGCAUGUGUCUGAAGGCAGAUCCCCAUUUUGGCUGUGGUUGGUGCAAAGGGGAGGACAGAUGUACGUUGAAACAGCACUGCCUUCUGCCAGAGUGGCUGGAGUACUCCGGGAUGAACAGCAAGUGCACAAAUCCAAAAAUAACAGAAAUAACUCCACUAACAGGUCCCAGGGAAGGUGGCACACGGGUGACAAUACGUGGGGAGAAUCUUGGCCUAGAGUUCAAGGAAAUUGUGGCGCACGUCAGGGUGGCUGAAGUGGAGUGUACCCCAGUGCCAGAGGGAUAUAUACCAGCAGAACAGAUUGUGUGUGAAAUGGGACGAGCUGAGCACAGCCAGUAUGCUGGAUAUGUGGAAGUCUGUGUGGGAGAGUGCCGGCCCGAGUUCAUGGCAAGGUCCUACCACUUAUAUUACUUUGUGGUGCCGAACCUGUUGGAGCUGAAGCCUAGUCGUGGCCCUGUGUCUGGGGGCACCACUGUAACCAUCACUGGAAGUAACCUUGAUGCCGGAAGCAAUGUCUCCAUCACGUUCAAAGAUCAGAUGUGUGUUUAUCACAGGAGAGCAGCUAAAGCGAUAGUGUGCAAGUCCUUGGCCUCUCAGCAUGGGUACGGGAACGUCACUGUGUCAGUCAGGGUGGACCGGGCCAGGAUCCAAAAGGAGCUGCAGUAUGAAUUUGUGGAGGAUCCCACAAUCUCCAAACUGGAGCCCGAGUGGAGUAUUAUCAGUGGUAGUACACCUGUAACAGUGUCAGGAACCAAUCUGGACAUCAUUCAAAACCCUCUAAUCCGAGCCAAGUACAACGGAGUGGAGACUCUCAAUACCUGUGAAGUACUCGACCCCUCCACAAUGAUCUGCCAAGCACCAGAAUUAGCAGUGAGUUCAAACCAUCAGUCUGAUAUCGUAGAGCGUCCAGAUGAGUUUGGGUUCAUUCUAGACAACGUACAGACACUGCUGAUAUUUAACAACACAAACUUCAUUUACUACCCAAACCCCACGUUUGAACAUCUGAGUCCCUCCGGAGUACUGGAAUUAAAACCUGGCUCGCCCAUCAUACUAAAGGGUCGGAACUUGCUCCCUCCUGCGCCUGGUGGGAAUGCCAGACUGAAUUACACUGUGCUGAUUGGAGAGAAGCCCUGCACUUUAACAGUGUCUGAGACCCAGUUAUUGUGUGAAUCACCCAAUCUUACUGGGAGGCACAAAGUACUGGUACGUGUUGGUGGGGUGGAAUUCUCCCCUGGCGUAGUGCACAUCGCCUCAGACAGCCCACUCAGCCACACAGCUAUCGUCAGCAUUGCAGUGGCGGGUAGCCUGCUCAUCAUCUUCAUUGUGGUGGUGCUCAUCGCCUACAAGCGCAAGUCCAGAGAGAGCGACCUCACCCUCAAGCGGCUGCAAAUGCAGAUGGACAACCUGGAGUCCAGAGUGGCUUUGGAGUGUAAAGAAGCGUUUGCAGAGUUACAGACUGACAUUCAUGAACUGACCAGUCAUUUGGAUGGAGCUGGAAUCCCAUUCCUCGACUACCGGACCUACACAAUGAGGGUCCUCUUCCCUGGGAUAGAAGAGCAUCCUGUACUGAGAGAUCUAGAGGUUCCUGGAUACAGACAGGAGCAGGUGGAAAAGGGACUGAAACUGUUUGGCCAGCUCAUCAACAACAAGGUGUUUCUCUUGUCGUUUAUCCGCACCCUGGAGUCCCAGCGCAGUUUCUCCAUGCGGGAUCGGGGGAACGUCGCCUCGCUGAUCAUGACAGUUCUGCAGAGUAAACUGGAGUACGCCACAGAUGUGCUGAAGCAGCUGCUGUCAGACCUCAUCGACAAGAACCUGGAGAGUAAAAACCAUCCCAAACUGCUUCUGAGGAGGACUGAAUCUGUUGCUGAGAAGAUGCUGACCAACUGGUUUACCUUCCUAUUGUACAAGUUCCUCAAGGAAUGUGCAGGAGAGCCUCUCUUCUCUUUGUUCUGCGCAAUCAAACAGCAGAUGGAGAAGGGACCCAUUGACUCUAUCACCGGCGAGGCUCGCUAUUCACUCAGUGAAGACAAGCUCAUCAGACAGCAAAUAGACUACAAGACACUUCUUGUGAACUGCAUAAACCCUGAUAAUGAGAAGAGUCCUGAGAUUCCAGUGAAAAUCCUGAACUGUGAUACAAUCACCCAGGUCAAGGAGAAGAUUCUCGAUGCAAUAUACAAGAAUGUGCCAUAUUCCCACCGACAAAAAGCAGCUGACAUGGAUUUAGAGUGGCGCCAAGGGAGAGGAGCAAGAGUUAUCCUGCAAGACGAAGAUGUCACCACCAAGAUUGAGAAUGACUGGAAGAGAUUGAAUAUGCUGACACAUUAUCAGGUGCCAGAUAGCUCAUUGGUGGCUCUUGUUCCAAAACAAGUUACAGCAUACAAUGCAGUCAACAACUCCACUGUCUCCAGAACCUCAGCCAGCAAAUAUGAGAAUGUGAUCCGGUACACAGGCAGCCCUGACAGCCUACGUUCACGUACUCCAAUGAUUACUCCUGACCUUGAGAGUGGGGUCAAAGUGUGGCACCUGGUCAAAAACCAUGAACAUGGAGACCAAAAGGAAGGAGACAGAGGCAGCAAGAUGGUGUCUGAGAUUUAUCUGACACGGCUCCUAGCCACUAAGGGCACUUUACAGAAAUUUGUUGACGACCUCUUUGAGACCAUUUUCAGCACAGCCCACAGAGGGAGUGCCCUACCUCUCGCCAUCAAAUACAUGUUUGAUUUCUUAGAUGAGCAGGCAGACAAGCACUGCAUCCAUGACCCACAUGUGCGACACACCUGGAAAAGCAACUGCCUGCCAUUAAGAUUUUGGGUGAACGUGAUCAAGAACCCACAGUUCGUCUUCGACAUCCACAAAAGUAGCAUCACAGACGCCUGCCUCUCUGUGGUGGCACAGACCUUCAUGGACUCCUGCUCGACAUCCGAGCACCGGCUCGGCAAAGACUCCCCCUCCAACAAGCUGCUCUACGCCAAGGACAUUCCCAGUUACAAGAACUGGGUGGAACGGUACUACUCAGACAUAGGCAAAAUGCCUGUCAUCAGUGACCAGGAUAUGAAUGCCUAUCUAGCUGAACAGUCCAGAAUACACAUGAAUGAGUUUAACACAAUGAGCUCGCUCAGUGAGAUCUACUCCUAUGUCAGCAAAUACAGUGAGGAGAUUGUAACUGCACUAGAACAGGACGAUGCAGCGAGAAAACAGAGACUGGCAUUCAAGCUUGAACAAGUGAUUACUUUCAUGAGUAUAGACAGCUGAAAACCACUGUCCCAGGAAGUGCUGGCAGAGUAGAAACCGAGGCGUGCCUGAAUGAAGACUGUCAUCUUUUUACCAUCACCAAGUUCAUUUGGCUACAAGCACUGUCACCAAAUUAUCUCUGCUUUGCGCUGCUUGUGAAAAAAAAAAUACCUGGGGAUGACUGAACUUAGCAGUUUUUUGGCUUCUGGUUGUGCAAUGAUAUUCAUGUAAUGACUCACCAUGGAAAUACAUCACUAUGAAAACCUAUGAACAACAACAACUUGUAGAUGUAAAAUUGCUGUGCUUCCUUACAUGGAGAGCUUACUCUAGUCUGAUGUAUUGAUAUUAAUCUUGGUAUAUUUUACGUGCUGCUAGAACAGUCGGGUAGAGCAGUUUGGGGAUCAUUGUUGUCAUCAUCAAUUUUAUAUUUAAAUACAAAAGGUAUCAAAGAACGUUAAUAUGGAUUAAUAUACAACUCGCAGAAAAUCUCUUCUGUUUUUUAUUAAAUGCUGUGAAAUGUUUAAUGAUUAAAAAAAAAAAAAAAAACGGGAAACGCCACUGACAAAUGUGGAUACAACUAUUGUACAUUUCCUUCCCUGUCUCACAUUUGAAAAAAAUCUAAAAUAUAAGAUGAUCAGAACAUACUUAGGUGACAGUGGAGCACACAUUUUUAGUUGAAGUCUAAUGCCUUGUGGCAAAAGUUCUAAUGUUAAUUCUCAGAGCCGUCCCAGUAUGGUUAACCGUCAUGUGUAUGCUAACUACUGUAUAACUACUGUAUGUUCACCACUAUUACAAGUUACACGUGUUAAUCAGAUUUAUGAAUAGAUACAGUAUGAAGCAUUGUGAAUGCAAUUUACAUACUUUUUUUUCUGCAAAAAUGCACUUUUAUAAAAGACAGAAAUUCCAACGUAAAAAGGCUUAAUUUCACAUCUUGAAUAUAGAGAAUCUCUGUGAAGCUGCAAAUGCUUGGAAUUUUAAAGUAUGCUCAGUUCCAUUAUAAUAAUCUAAAACUACAUGUUAAUUGAAUGUACAGUAAGGCUGAUGAUGGUAACAAUGCUUGUUUAUCCGUGUAUUUCUCCACUGCUGAAGUGUUUAGGAGGGUCUGUGCACAAUAUCCCUAUGUAAAGAAAAAUUGAUUAGAUAUAUCCAGUUGUAAAAUAGUCCACAAUUAAGUGGCAGUGACUUUUUAUUUGAAAUGCCUGGUCUGGGACAAGGAUGGUUUUAAAUAGCUGCGGUGUACAACAAAGAUUGAAAGCUAAUGUUGUUCACAGGCGAUUUUACAUAAUGUCUCUAGACUGCAGAACUGGGAAUUCUAAACUGCCUCUUGAUGCACAGCUGUUUACCUAAUGGAUACAAACAUGUUUUGGACAUUUUAACUGCAUUUGAAGACUUUUAUGUCACUGGAUGUCCAGUGAUCACUUUAGUGGAAUAAAUGGACAAUGCUGGCCAGCAAAAAACCAAAGGAGUCAGAUAAUUAUUAUUUUUUUUUUUUAAAGUGCCACAUUGAAACAAAAUAAAACAAAAAUGCUAUUUUACUUAUAGCCUCAGUGUGUCGAAAAUUCUGUGGACGAGCUGGCUUUUAUUCCUGUCCUUUUCCUAGCACACUGUAAAUGUUGCUGAAUACAAUUACCAUUUUGCACAUCAAUAGACGAACAAGAAACCUUUGAAAGAAAGUUCACUUAGUUUUUUGAAGGUACAGCAUUCUUACUUUGAGAUAAAAACAAGAUCUCAAAAGUUUUGGAGAAAAAAAAAAGUUUGGAACAUUGUCAAAAGACAACAAAACAGCCCUCCCUCCCUUCUGCCUUCAAACUUUCUUUUGUCUUGAAACGUGCCAGACUUGUGAUGUGAAUGUGUGGAUGCCUCAGUAGGCCCAGGUUGGGUCUCUGGCUUUUUAAGCGCAUGUACUACAAUUAAAGAAACAAAAGCCUUGCAAUGAUGUGGAUGUGUUUUUUAAUUUGCUUGGAAGCAUCAGCCUGAGUGGUUUGUCAUGUUACUAUAAUACUCUCAGUUAAGGUGGAACCUUUAUCCAGUAAUCCAUAAAAACCAUUCCGAAUUGUGUAAAGUGUUAGGUGCUAAUGGGACCUUAACAAUCAAUGUCAUGCAUGGUGAUUUUAUAAUCUGGGUGUUAUGAAAUGGAACUGCCUUGAAAUCACAAUAUUUACUCUAUCUAUACCAAGUGCAAGUGGAGGUUGUACUGAACCAAACAGUUUCUCUUGUACUGUAUGUGUUAGGUUUAGGUUUAACCUCCUCAAACAUAUAUCUUCAAGAGUGGGUGUCCCUUUCUAUGAAUGAACUGCUGCCAUUAAUACAGUAGUCUACAUGGUCCCUUGUGGAUCAAAGGGAAUAAUGCCACCAAAGUGGGUUGCAAACAUCCUCAUGUAAUUUGGUAUUGUGCCUUUUUAAUAUAAUAUGGAAUUAGAUUGUUUUUUUGCCAUCAUAUCCACACCUAACAAGUGCAUAUGUAUAUGCUGAUUGUUUUCCCCAAAGACCACUAUUUAAUUUUAUUAGGGAAUCACGCAAGCAAGUGCUUUUUAGAAUAAGCCUAUGAAAGCCUGCCACCAAAAUUCUGGAAACAACUGAUCAUCCAAUGCAGAUUUUAUUUUGAGCCAUACCUAUUUUCUUCACUGUGUCUGACACUUACUUUGGUGCAGAACCUGGUAUAUUUUAUCGUUUACAUUCUUUAAAUAAAAUUAUUUUUAUGGUGUUUUAAAAGAAUAGAUUUCUUUUCUAAUGAUAGAAAAAGAGUGGCAAGUCAGAGAGUGGCAGCUCCUGUCAGUUUUAGCUUUACUGACAUCCAUAAAGCACUUUCCUCAUUGAAGAAAGAGAGGGCUGAGGGCAUAACAUGCAAUGGGAAAAUUUACCUUUAAUACCAUCCGUGUCUUUCUUUUGGGGGGGGGGGGGUCAUUUGCUUGUAAAAUGUUUGGUUGUCAGUUUUUUUGUUUUUCGCCAUUAUUUCAAGACAACUGAAAUAUUCAUUAGGGUUCCUCUUUAAUAUAUUACUGUUCAGUGUUGUCAUAUUCUUGCAGGACAGUAUAAGUGUUUUAUGUUUCUCUACAAAAAAUAAAUGUGGUACAAAUUAUGUGAAAUCUUUUCAGACUCCCCGAUAAAGAUUCCACCUUAAAUGUUUUGUAUGAAAUGUCCUUAGAGCUCAGUGUUAUUGCAGGUGUCAAAAGAAAUGUUAGAAAAGACUUUUAAUAUCAUGAUAUUUGAUGACAAAUUAAAUAUCCUGUUUUGGGGGGGGGGGGGAAGAAACUUGGUAAAGGCAAACUUCUCUAACUUUGUUAUAAUUAAUUGUAUACCUGUGUAUGUAAAUACAAUGCAUUCCUAUUUUGCAGUCCAGAACAAAAAUACUAUUUGUAAUAUAGAAUAAACUUUAUUAUGAAACCAAAUGUACUGGUAUUAC